AGAUAGCAUUUUCGAUCAGUUUUACCAAAACACGAUUAUCGUAUUUGUGAAACAGAAGCUCACGAAAAUGGCAGAGAAGCCAGAAAUUUCAACAGGAAUUCUGACGAAUUUGGUAUUAGAAAUAAUUCAAAGUCCAAUAAACAUCAUCCUCGUGAUCUUAAUAGUUGUGUUAGUGUAUAAAAUAGUGAAAAGCCGACAACCGUCUCAUGCCGCCUCCGCUCCUCAAGAGCCCCAAUUACCGAAAUUGAAGAAGCGGGACUUUACAAUCGAAGAAUUGAAGAAGUACGACGGUAAACAAGAUGACGGCCGGGUCUUGGUCGCCGUCAACGGCAAUGUUUACGAUGUUACCAAAGCCAAGCGGUUCUACGGUCCAGAGGGGCCAUAUGCUGCAUUUGGCGGUAGAGACGCUUCGCGAGGCCUUGCCACUUUCCAGGUCUCUGCCAAAGGUGACGAAUAUGAUGAUCUCAGUGACUUAAACAGUUUCGAAAUGGAAUCUGUCAAGGAGUGGGAGAUGCAGUUUAAAGAAAAAUAUGACUUGGUUGGUAGAUUGUUGAAACCAGGUGAAGCUCCUACUAAUUAUUCAGAUGAAGAAGAAGAACCUUCUAAUGACAAGGCGAAAGAAGAUUAAAUAACCAUAUUUGCACUUCAUUUAUUCACAAAAAGUCUGAACUUCUAGAAAUAUAUAUGUAUAUUAUAUAAAAAUUUAAUUUUAUAUGGUAUCGUUGGCUUUUAUAGUUUAAUUUUACAGAUUGUCUUUACUCACUUCUCAUUCUAAAAAUUAUCAGUGGAAAUUUUAUUUUUAAUUUAGUUGCAUUAAAUACAAAUAAAUUUAUUGUUAAUUCAUUAUUGUAACAAGGUUGUUAGUUAAGACAAUGCUGUAAAUACAUUAAUUUUUUUAUAUACUAUAUGUAAUUGAUAAGCUAUGUGUCGGUGCAUUCUAAAUGAUUAUAUAUUUUAUGAAUUUUUUACUGAAUACACUAUACCACAACACUUUUGUCAUGUAUUAUUAAGGGUAAUUAGAAAUGGGUGAAAAGUUAAUUGUAAUUCCAAUUGUCUUCUGCAUUUGUUACUAUAGUGUUUUAAAACUGUAUAUCACUAUUAUUAUUAUUAUUGAGUUAUAAAAGUCACCAGAUAACAUUACUUUUAUGCAAAUUUUUUACAUUUGUUGUUAUAAUCGACGACGCACAUGUUGAGUGUAUUAAUUGUUCUAUUGUCUGCAUAGAAUUAAUUCAGCUUUGAACGUUAAAUGUUUGAAAUUUAUGCGAAAAUAUUCAAAUAUUGGUGUUCUCAUGCGAACGCAUAAUUUCAAUAAAAUAAAACGAUGAAUGUAAAGAUUAUUUUUAGAAUCUACUUACCUUAAUUUUAUUGGUAAGGAGUCAAUAAACGAAGGCCUCAUAUGUUAACAAUAUCGAACUGGUAAAAUUUGCUUAUGUGUAGCAGCAGAGAGUGACUUAAAAAUAUUUAAAUUAUCAUUUUUAUUAGUUCUGGUGUCACACUUAUUUUAAAAAUUUAAUUAAACUGUACUUAAAAUUCUAGUUAUUAAUCAAAGUUUCAAAUAACUAAAUGUUGACUUUUUGAAUUAAAUCUUUAAAAUAAGUUAUUUUGUUAAUUUUUUAAUAUUAUACAUUUUUAUUGAAAUGUAAAUAAUUUGUAUAUGUUGCAUAUAUGCUUACAUUUAAAUAAAAUUUCUUUUUAUUUUUAA